ACUUCACACAGCAAUAUGCAGCCAAUCGAGCCAAUUAUCGUCCCAGCCGUCUCAUGCGGCUCAUGUAUCAUGUGCCUGAUUAACGCCUGAAAAUCUGAGAUUCAAGGCUGCCUGAGCGAUUUUCCACUUUACAUCUCACACUGGAGAAAACACAAGAAGAUGGCGCCAUCCCAGCGAGAAAGCCAGAGGCAGUGUCAAAUAUGCUUCGUUAUUCUCCCGAACGUGUUCAAUCUCGUCGAUCACUCUUUGAGCACCGGACAUCAAGCCGAUCAGUGCUGCGACAUAUGCUUCAGACGAUUGAGGAGCCAGAACGCUGUAGAGCAGCAUAAACACUCCCAUCACAGGGAAAGCCACGCAGCCAAUCGAUCAACAAGUCUCGUUUGGGUGCCGAACGCGGAUACUGGACCACAGUCCUUCCCUACUCCGACAUCAUAUUCCUUCAGUGACAGAACAUACAAACCCUUUACGCCGCCCGACAUGAACAUCAUUUACGAUCUGCUCCUCGCCACUUGCCAUUCGGAAGAGAGCCUCAAAAGGGAGUGUUAUUUUGUGCGAGAUGACCUGAACAACGACUCUUACAACAGAACCAAGGAACCUACGAUUCUGAAAGAAUGUCUUCCUACGCCUCCUACCCACCCCUGGUACCCAAAAAGAAAGGCUGUCGCUUUAGACUGCGAGAUGGCAGGUGUCGAGGGUGGGGGAAGUGAAAUAGUGUCCAUCUGCGUUGUCGACUUCUUCACCAAAGAAGUAUUGGUGAAUUCUCUCGUCAAGCCACGGGAGUUCAUCGUUCAAUGGCGCAGCGAGAUCCAUGGCGUAACACCUGCGGCCAUGGCGAUUGCAGCCGCGAGUCAGCAGGUCCUCGAUGGCUGGAGGGAAGCGCGUGGAGAGCUCUGGAAGCACAUCAACGAGCAAACCGUGCUUGUGGGACAGUCCCUGCACAACGAUUUGAAGGUUCUGCGAGUGGUACACACCAAGAUUGUCGACACUGCCAUUGUUUCCUCCGAAGCUGCUUUCGGCAGAGAGAAACCUGCAGGACGCAAAUGGGGUCUUGAAGUCCUGUGCAAGGAACUGCUGAACCUACGGAUUCGUCUGGGAUCUGGGGUUCACAACGACAUGGAGGACACCAUGGCAACACGCGAGGUAGCUCUGUGGUGUCUUUGCCAUCCAAUGAAGUUAAAACAAUGGGGGGAGAACGCGCGGACGUCAUUCUAUGCUGAAAGAGAAAGACAAAUACAGCGCCAAAAGAGCCUGGCAAAAACAGCACCAUUCACACCAGGCAAGAAAGACAGGGAGGAAGAGGGAUACAUGCAGCGCCAAAGGAACCUAGCACAGAAAGUACCGCCCACGCCGGGCAAUAAUUACAACGGCGAAGAGGGAUACAUCCAACAUUACUACUGUAGCGAUGACGAGCUUCUUCACUGGGAGGAUGUGGUACCUAGGGAGAUAUGGCCGAAGUCGCCUCCUGAUUCGGAUUGAGACAGUCCUCUUGAAAAUGGAGGCGGAAAAUCCAGUAGUUCGGGUCUGUGCAUACAAACUAAAACUAAGUCGGUCUUUCCUGAAAGGUUUCGUUGGUAGUCUUUCUUUAAACAAGUAUGUAUCUUCUAACUUGUUGAAAUGGUUCGUGGCUACAUGGUUGGUGGAGAAGUACCAGCUUAGGGUCGACACCCAUUUCGUAGAGGACAAUUAGACAGAAGCAGUAUGCUCGCUGCAAAGGUCAGCCUAUGCAGCUUUUUUGAGACGUGAAGCUCUCG